AUGACGAACGUGCAUGUGUUCGUGUUCGUUACGACAAUAUGCAUGGCUCAAUUGUGCGCACAGGCCGGCAUUGGCCAGACAUUGGCGAUUCUCCGUGAAAUUGGGGCUAGCUUCGGCAUCAGUAAUACUAGCAACCUGAUUUGGGUUCUUGCUGGAUAUAGCUUGGCAAUUGGCACCUUCAUUCUCAUAGCAGGUAGAUUGGGCGACACCUACGGAUACAAACGAAUAUUUCUGCUUGGAUUCGUCUGGUCUGCCGUUUGGUCCGCUGUUUCUGGAUCAGCAAUUUACUCGACUAAUGUCUUAUUCAUAGUCUCUCGGGUCUUUCACGGUCUAGGUGCUGCCCUUUCCCUUCCGAAUGGACUCGCACUCUUAGGAGUAACGUAUCCGCCUGGGAAGCAAAAGGCGAUGGUUUUUACUUUGGUCGCGACUAUGGCCCCGAUAGGAAUUAUUGUCGGAGCUGCAAGCGCAAGUUUAUUCGCACUGGUUUGGUGGCCGUUAACAUAUUGGACCUUCGCGUUGACACUGCUCCUCAUUGCCGGAGUAGGGCAUUUCGCCAUCCCUAGAACCGCACAGAAGAACGAGAGACCAACCAAUAUUCGUGCUGCGAUGUCUGAGCUCGAUAUCCCAGGGGCAAUAACAGGGGUUUCAGCCCUCGUGUUGAUUAGCUUUGCUUGGAAUCAGGCCCCCAUAACUGGGUGGCAAGAACCGUACCUCUGGAUUGCACUCGUUGUAGGCGUUCUACUUGCAGCACUAUUCGUGUUGAUUGAAAGUUACUACGCUCCUAGGCCUCUUAUACCAUUUUAUGCUCUUUCGUCCGAUGUGUCCUUCAUCCUCAUCGCGGGCGCUUGCGGUUGGUCAUGCUUUGGGAUUUGGGCUUCUUAUACCUGGCAAUUCGUGGAGAAUAUUCGUGGUAUUACCCCACUCCUGGCUACGGCGUAUGUUAGCCCAUGUAUCGUCGUGGGGUGCCUGGCUACUAUGUCAACUGGCUUUGUUCUUCAGCGGCUGGGUCCGUGUAUAAUCGUUUUCAUCUCUCUUCUAGGUUUCACGCUAGGUUCUGCCCUGGUAGCCACAAUGCCUGCUAUGCAGAUAUACUGGGCUCAGCUAUUCUUCUCUGUGCUGAUUGUUUCCUGGGCGAUGGACACAGGAUUCCCUGCCACAACAUUGGCCCUUUCUAAUGCUGUUGAUAGGAAACAUCAAGGGACCGCUGCGGGCUUAGUUAGCACCGUGAUGAACUAUAGCAUUUCAAUUGGACUUGGGAUCGCUAGGACGGUGGAGUCAUACGUGAACGAAGGCAGUCCGACCAUAGAGAGUAAACUGAAUGGGUACAGAGCCGCUCUGUAUACCGCGGUUGGCUUGGCGGGGCUGGGCGCACUUAUUUGUUCGGCAUUUCUUGUGAGGACGAUCUGGCGGGAGCGAAGACGAUGCUGCAAUUGUCAAGGAGAAUUGGAAGAGCAUCAUAUAUAA